UCUCUUUCUCAUUCUCUCUCACUCAUCUCUCUCUCUUUUACUAUUUCCAUGAUACACUGAUAAUUUAUUGGAUUUUCAAUAUACAUUUAUUCAAGAUUACUUAGUAAAAUAUUCCCUAAGAUGGGUUUCUCUAGUAUAAAUAUGAGAUCAUUACUAGGUUAACCAUCCUACAAAGCAUCUCUCCACCUCAAAUCUUAAUUAUUCACUCUUUCUUUUCCUCCAAAGGUUAGCUACAUAAAAAUAAUGAUGCUUUCGGUGAUGGCUGCGAUCCUCGUCUGCCUUAUAGGCUACAUUUACCGAUCAUUAAAGCCUCCACCACCGCGAAUCUGCGGCGUUCCACACGGUCCUCAGGUUACUUCUCCCAGAGUCAAGCUCGGUGAUGGACGAUAUCUUGCCUAUAGAGAAUCUGGAGUUGAUAGAGCCAGUGCUAACUACAAGAUUAUUGUCGCUCAUGGCUUCAACAGCUCCAAAGACAUUGAAUUUCCCAUCCCUAAGGAUAUGAUUGAGGAACUUGGGAUAUACUUUUUGUUCUACGAUAGAGCAGGAUAUGGAGAAAGUGAUCCACACCCAUCACGCACAGUUAAGAGUGAAGCAUACGACAUUCAAGAACUCGCUGAUAAACUCAACCUCGGACCAAAGUUCUACGUUCUUGGUAUAUCACUUGGUGCUUACUCGAUUUACAGUUGCCUCAAAUACAUUCCCCACAGACUAGCUGGAGCAGUCUUAGUGGUUCCAUUUGUGAACUAUUGGUGGACUAAAGUGCCUCAAGACAAACUGAGUAAAGCGUUGGAGCUAAUGCCAACGAAAGACCAGUGGACAUUUAGAGUGGCUCAUUAUGUUCCGUGGUUGUUAUAUUGGUGGUUGACCCAAAAACUGUUUCCGUCUUCGAGUAUGAUCACGGGGAAUAAUGCGUUAUGCAGUGACAAAGAUUUGGUCGUCAUAAAGAAGAAAAUGGAGCAUCCAAAUCCUGCCAUGAAAAAGGUCCGACAACAAGGAGACCACGAGUGUCUUCACCGGGACAUGAUGGCUGGAUUUGCGACAUGGGAAUUCGACCCGACUGAAUUGGAAAACCCGUUUCCCGAAGGCGAAGGAUCCGUCCACGUGUGGCAAGCGAUGGAAGACAGAAUCAUUCCAUACGAAAUCAAUCGAUAUAUUUCACAAAAGCUUCCAUGGAUUAAGUACCACGAGGUCUUAGGUUAUGGACAUCUUCUAACAGCCGAGGAGGAGAAAUGCGUGGACAUUAUAAAGGCGCUUCUUGUUGACUGAUGAUCAUCUAUAGCUCUACACAAAGAUAUCUUAACGUCCUACACUAAUUGCAAUAGAUGCUAUUAAAAACUUGGCUUAUUUGAGAGAUUUAUCAUUUAUCAUAUUAUAUAAGUUUUUAACUGAAAUGACAAAACUAUUGAAAGUCAUUAAUUUAAGGUCAUAUUCUUAUGUCUCAACAGAUAUCACUAUUGCUAAUAACCUUGAGCUAAGCGUUUUUAUA